AAAUUAAAAGAUAUAUGGUAUAUGGUGUGAUAUUCAGACAGUAGUCUUGUAUUGACAUUUCCCGAUAUAACACAGGCACCGAACCUUUUAAUUGCUUUAUGAGACUACAGGCCUUUGAAGCCUUACCUCGAAUGGUUUUGCUUUGUAAAUUAGAGGAUUAAGGUCUUUGGUACAUUUUUAUAUGUCCUUUAUUGACACGAGGCUGACUUACAGUUACAACCCGGCUGCACCAUGGCCUGAGGAUCUGACCUAGCAGAACAACCAGUGGGACAACACAUCUGUCGACUGCUUGUCAUUACCAGAAAGGUAAAGACAUAGAUCAGCUGCAAGGAGCUUUUUAUACCGGAAGUAAACGUGAGGUCGCGAUGGGGAGCAAAGUCAGCUCCAAAAUGGCUGCUCCCACCGCCCGAGUGAUCCAGGCUGUUCGGCCUCACGCUCCUCUGAUCAAGUUCCCCAAUAGACAAGGCAUCCCAAAGCCCAAUGCACAAGAGGUGUUGAAAACGUUAGCAGUUAACUUCCAACCACACAACUCUCCGGGUUCCCCUUCAGCUGCAGCGCCGCCUCCAUUAUCAAGACCUCAUGUACCUUUGACCCCAAUCCCUGGCACGCCAGACACCAUGGCCUCUAUUCAGCAACUAACUUCGAGAUACCGCAGGAGACCGUUGACAGUGGAAGAAAUGGACUACAUCCAGCGCGGUGGACCCGAGUGACAUGAAGCGAUUCAACCAAACCUUAUCCGUUGGAGAUCAGUACGUGUCUUUAAUUCUGUUCCUCAGCCCAAGAGAGCCUAAUGCCACAUGAGACAUGAUGUAGAAUAAAGUACUUCAUUAAUCCUGUUUAAAAUGUACAUAUGUUUAUUUUUUUAGAUGUUAAAUCUUAAUUGUAUUUGAAGUUCAUACUAAAGGGACAUCUUCAUUGUGUUACACGCAGCAAAGCCAUAACUAUAGCUUACAGGGUUUCCUUAUUUACUUCACUGCAAUUACUCCUUACAGAUUUCUGGUUUUUGUUCAACAUUAGUUUAACAUAAUACCAGCUUAACGCAG